AGAGACAGAUAGAGGGGGUUAUUGUGAUUGGGGAAGGUAUCCUCCAUUUUAAAGGUUGUGGGGAACAAUACAAUAAAACACUGUUUGGGAAAGUGAGCUGUUAUCAGUGACCUACAUGUCAAUCUGUCGCUGUUGUGAAAGUAUCAUGGUAGAAAUUGCAUAAUAUAUUGACAGGGUAGGUGUUAAAUACCUAACCGGUCCGCGGUAGAAUGUAAAAUGUAGGCCUACAUGCUCGCUACAUCGUUUUCAUUCAAGGCUAUGCACUAAGGCACACACAUUCACCUAUCUAUGCAGUCAUCACAAAAAUAUACAUUUUCUUGGCUCAAUCUGAUGCACGUGGAAAUUGACUGUCGAUUAACCCCCGGACCUGACUUUGGCUUGGUCUUAUCAUUCGAGACACCAUGAGGAAGUGCAGUCCCUGGACGUUUCUCCCUAUCAUGUACUCUCUCUUCACAGCCGCUGGACUCUGGGUUGUGUAUUUUAUAGCUGUUGAAGAUGAGAAGAUAACACCCCUGAGUUCAGAAUACAAGCGAUCUGGAACUAAAUCCCCUCCAUAUAUAAGCAUUGCAGGCAAUGCUCCCCCAGCCAGCUGUGUUUUUAGCCAGGUCAUGAACCUGGCUGCCUUCGUAGGGUUCAUCAUUGGUGUCCUCAGAUACCUGCAGCUGAAGCCCCGGGUCCAUAAACCCUGGCUCAAUAUUGGCAGUCUGGUGGCCCUGUCCCUGGCCUGCUUCGGCAUGACCUUGGUGGGAAACUUCCAGCUGUCAAAUGAUGAGGAGCUCCACAACAUUGGGACGUCCAUGACGUUUGGCCUGGGGACGUUGUUCUGCUGGGUGCAAUCUGUCAUCACCCUGAAGGUCAACCUGAGGAACGAGGGCCGGAGGGCGGGCAUCCCUCGCUUCCUACUGUCAGGGGCUGUCACCGCCUGCAUGCUGCUCUACUUUGCCCUAAUGGCGCAACGUCUUCACAUGCACGCGGCGCGUGCGCAAUGGGCGCUGGUCAUGUUCUUCCUGGGCUUUCUCGCCACCUUUGCCAUCGAGUUCAGACACUACCACUUCGAGAUUGUCUGCACCGACGACCGCGAUCCACCUCUCAGCCUCUCAGAAACCUUCUCUGAGGUGUCGGAGUACCAGUCGGACCAGCUAUAGGGCGGCUCCAGAGGACAGAAGCAGCUAUAGGGCGGCUCCAGAGAACAGAACCAGCUAUAGGGCGGCUCCAGAGAACAGAACCAGCUAUAGGGCGGCUCCAGAGAACAGAACCAGCUAUAGGGCGGCUCCAGAGAACAGAACCAGCUAUAGAGCUUUGGCGUACUACAAAAUUUAGCUUGUCUGUGGUUGUCAGUUGGUGGUCAUUUACAAAUUAACAUAUUUGUAAGGGCUCCAGUUUGUCUCUGUUAGUUACUGAAGAAGAGUUAGUCAAAAACUACUGCAUGUUUCCCUGUCUGAACACAGCCUGUGAACGACUGUCUUUCUACUACUACUGUACCUUGAGGUGAUAUUUCAAAAGCAACAAACUCUUUCCAUGAGCACAAAGGCAUCAUUAUCUUUGUCAACUCAUCAACAGUAACAGGGAUGUUCGCUAAAUGGUUUAAUUGAAGAUGGAUGUGCAUGAAGAUGGCUGUUUUAUGUAGCUGUGAGUUGUAGAAGGAUAGAUAACUCAGAUUGAUAGUGACACUACCCCACUGACCUUCCUUUCAUAUGAAUGCAGCCAAAUCCUCAAUAGAAUGUGUGAUGGGAGUCAUCACCACUCCCAUUUUGAGUCUUCUCAUUCUACCGACAGAGGUAUUCUGCUGCGUUCUCUCUAUUUCAUGUCCGUCUGUCUACCUCCCUCUAUUUUCAACCUGAAUUAAGACAGACAACAGUUUGUGAUGAAGCCGAUCUCAGCUUCUCUGUGAAGAUGAGUAGUACACUAGUAUUAUCAUCCAGGUACAAUGAUGCCAUUUUGAACCAUAUCACUGUUGCACCCAUUAAACACAAGUCAUGGGAACCUUUUUCAGUGUUCUCUCUAUUUCACAUUUCUUAGUACAACACUAGGCUUUAUCAUUACCAUUCAAGCAUAACAGACAAAUGCAUCUUAGUGUUGUACUGCUGUUUGUUAGAACAUUACAAUUAUAUUUUACAAUAAAACUUGUCUUUGCAUUCUGAUU